CGCGUCCGCAGUCUCCUCACGGCGCUGAGGGGGUCGCCCCACUUCCUCUCGCCCUCCCGCCCGCCGACGGGCUCCAAGACCCUUCGCAGGUGUUACAGCCGGGUGAAAGAACAUGGUGUUGGUAAAAGGAAAAGCAGUUACACGUUUGAACAGUUGGAGCAAGUGUUUGGUCAGGGAGGAUGGGACUCUCAGCCCUGCCAGCCGGUACUUAUCAACAGCAGUGGCCUCUACCAAGAGCUGGAGUCAGAUGGCAGUACAAUGGAGGAAUAUUCACAGGAUGAAUGGGGGAACCAUAGUGAAGAUCUUCACUGCUACCAGUCGGGAGACCAAGAAUUGGACGAAAUGCCUCCUACAAAGAAAUCAUUGAAGAUAAAGCAGGAGUCUUCUGAGGAAUCACAGAAACGUGACGUGAUGCAGAAUAUUGUACAAAUCUUGGAAUCCGUUCAGUUAAAAUGGGAGUUAUUUCAGAGCUGGACAGACUUCUCUAGGCUACACCUUUCAAACAAACUGGCCAUAUUUGGCAUUGGUUAUAACACGCGGUGGAAGGAGGAUAUUCGCUACCACUAUGCAGAAAUCAGCUCCCAGGUUCCCCUUGGCAAACGACUCCGGGAAUAUUUCAACUCGGAAAAACCAGAGGGCAGAGUAAUCAUGACCAGGGUACAGAAAAUGAACUGGAAGAAUGUUUACUACAAAUUUCUGGAGAUCACUAUUAGUGAAGCCCGGUGCCUAGAACUACACAUGGAGAUUGACUGGAUACCCAUUGCUCACUCCAAGCCAACUGGUGGAAAUAUUGUCCAGUAUUUAUUACCUGGGGGCAUUCCAAAGAGCCCUGGUCUGUACGCCAUUGGUUAUGAAGAUUGUCAUGAGAAACCACGGUCUCCUGAUCAUGAGGCCAUCAGCCAAGACCCUGAAAAUCAGACUCUGGGGGAAGCUGAAAUGCCCUUGACACAGUCCUCCCUUAAAGUGGAGAUGGAGUCUACCCGAAUCAUAUAUUGUUACCUUGGCAUUGCUGAGGUCAGAACUCUCCAGCAAUGUUUGUUCCUACACUUUCAGGCAAACACCAAAACCUUCAGCAAAGAGUGGGUUGGAAUCAAUGGAUUUUUAUCACAAAACUGCAUUGUAGAUCCUGGGAUUUCUCCUAAGUCCAUUUACAUCAAAUUUGUGGAAGUGGAGAGGGACUUCCUUUCUGCUGGCUCGUUGGUAGAGUGCCUGGAAAAAGCCAUUGGAUACCCCUUGAAAUUUAACAACUGAACCUCAUCCUUCAUAAGGAUUAGAGCUUUUGGGUCCUAUGUUGCAUUUGGGCAUCUUUGACAGUACAAGACUAGGCACAAUAAGCCUUUCCUGAAUGGGAAAAAGACACUUGGAAGUGAUUUUACAAAAGAGUAUCCCAAGUCAGUAAUAUAUGCAGCUUACUUGCUUGUGCCAAUUAGCUGGUUUUGUAAAAAGAAGACUCUGAAAGAGAGCUCUGUAAAUAAAAUGACUGUUGGUACAUUCCAUGUCGGACGAGCAUACACUUUAUGUUUCAUACGAAAAAGCUGUUUUCCACAAUGUCUCAUUUUUACACAUCUGUCUCUCUAUAUAAGUGUUAUUACAUUUAUGUAAUAAAUAAGCAAUAGAUAAUGGCGAGUUUAAACUUGGAAUCACAUGAGCCUAUUUUUCAGUGCCACCCUUAUCCUCUCUUGUAUAUAAUUUAGCAUUUCACACUUUUUCACCCAUCAAGUGUUUUUACUAUUUCUAACCAGUGUUGCCUGCAAAAAAAACUUCUGUUUCUGUGAUGUAUCCCACUUUACUAAUAGUGUUGCCAUAUCAACUUUUUUUUUACUUUAUUUUUUUUUACAUUAAAGUAAUCCCUGGCCUUUUUUAAAACAUUUUGUUUUCCUCUUUGUGUGGCAGUGAAAGUAACUCAACCACUGGGUAGCAUUUCGUCUGACCAGUCUUUUAUCGAAUACAAUCAAAGCUGUGAGAAGGGAUGGGGUUGGGGGUGACACAGGGAAUUUACGGACCAGGGGAGUAAGUAUUUUUAAUGCCUCAUCAAAAUGUGACUAUAUGAGCCCCAUUACGCAGCUGGUGAGGGCCAGAUUUUUUUAAUUUCUUUUUUAAAACCUCAUUGAACAGUGGAACUUGUGACAUACAAUGAAUGUUUCAGUCCAAUAAAGACAAGCAAACAUGGA